AUACUGAGUCCUUUUUUUAUUUUGUAGAUUUUCGUAAGAGUCUAGUAGCUACUAGGGAAAAAAAAAAGGAAAAAAACCUAAAGAUCGUGGAAGAGAUACUUUCAGAAGGAGAAGCAUCGAGUUUACCCAUAUUAAAGACGAAUGAAGGAGCAUCUAGAUCAAGAGAAGAAGAGCCCUCAAGCGCCACCAAUUUCGAGCAACCCUUGAUUCGGAGGAAGAAUGAGCAUCUUUAACAUUCAACACAUGAUGGUUGGAGAAGAAUGCCAAAGACAAGUGGUCGUUCCACCAACUCUUUAUGUGUACUCAAUGCUCUCCAAAAAUGGCAUGACACUUCUUUUUCCUCCUAAAAGCUUCUAACAAUAUUCACAUCAUUAGAGGCUAUCGAGAUGCUCCUUAAUGGAUGAUCAUCUCCUUUGCCGAGGCUGUGUCAUCAUCUUUGUCCUCCUUCAUGGCAUGAGAUGGCUCUAUUGUAUGGGUUUGAGCAGGCUCCAACAUCUUUUAUCAUGUCUCAUUCAUUCUCCUCCACCAUCUCACAAGGAUGGGUCAUCAUAACUCCUUCCUUGAAAAUCUUAUUGGAAUUGAGCUUCCACGAGUUGUUGCAUCGAAUUUGGCUUUAGAUGCUCUAGAUCUUCGUGAAUUGAUGUGAGGAAAGAGAAGAGUGGUGCUCUCUCUUUUAUAGGCGAACGACAGGUGGGCAUCGGGGGGCACUGCCACAUGCUUCCUCUUUGGAUACAGACUUUUUCAAGUCACUCUUCGUGUAGGCACAGAAACUUUGCGGCAGGUGGUAGCGACGGGGUAGCAUUGGUUCGAACCGUUGUCAUUCUUCUUGUUGAAGACAGACUGUCUUGACUCCAUCUUCGUCUUGUAGAAGAAAACUUAGCGUCAUUUGAAUAGGGUAUCUUAGCGGCGAUGCUGCAAUGGGUGGAACCCCCACUGCUCUUCCUUCCUCAUUUUCUAAGUUCGUAUUUCAUGUUUUUAGGUGAUCGUCAAAUUUGGCACCAUUGGAUCUCUUUGCUCCAUUCCUCCGUUUUAUUUUACUACGGUCUCAUGGCUCUCCAGAAAUAGUGCAAAGGGAUCCUCAUCAAGUAUUCAGUUGAGAUCUGGCUUGACUACAUGAUGCAUCUCCAUCAUGAUUUCAAAAUUUUCUUCAUGGUCUCCAUAUUUAGGAAUGCCAUCCACCACCUUUUUACCAAGAGGGCCCUUGUAAUGGUGAACUCUUCUUGCUCAACCCUUAUUUCUUCUAGUUCAAUUUUUUGCGCAUAACCUUGAGAAGAUAAUGUAAGGGAUCUUGAAGGGGUCCAUCCAUUUCAAAACUUGGUUCUUCUGUGAAUAGGGCUACAUCAUCUAGAGUAGGUGGGAUUAUAACUCCUUGCUCUUCUUCCACUUGUGUAGAGGAUGUUGUAGAGGUCACUUCUUCUCCAAGACCAAAGUUGCAGUCUUUUUCAAUUUCCUCCUCCCAACUCGAGUUGAAUUCUUGAUGGGUGUGGCUUGAAGUUUUCUCCAUUGAGAUAGAUGAUAUAUCUUAUUUGAUGAACUCCUCCAUGAUCUCUUAGAUGGUGGGGGCAUCUUGCUCUUCUUCUAAGUUGGACUCCAUGUUGGUUUGGUCAUCAACAUUUUUAAUAGGUGACUUCUCUUAAAGCUCAUUCUUUGCUUGGAUAGGUCAAGAUGGUUGCUCCUCUAAUGGCCUUUCACCUUCUUUAUCCAUGUGAGGUUGAUCAUCCUUAGGUGAAGUCCCCUUCAUCCAAGGAUUUUGUCAAACUUUGAAUAACCAGUGCAGGGGAUCAUCACACUUUGUCUCUUUCCCCAUAAUGUUUCCAAUAGUAGAGUGUGCCUUGGUAGAGAUUUGGAUAUUUAAAGCGAGUUUUACCUGCCCCGAUCCAACCUUAAUAUAAAGCGAGUAUGGAUAUUUAGAUACCCAUCCCAUCCCACACGUUUACCAUCGCUACUUAUUUAAUUUGCUCUCUUUUCUCGUUCUUCCUUCUAUUCCUCUCGUUUUUGUCCUCAAAUCCUCUAGUCCCUCUAAUCCCAAAUCCCUCCAAAAUUCUUGUUUCGUGCUUAGAAUUUUUCACGCAACAUUUGGCUGUUACAUUGAACAUGUUGAUCUGCAGGCAGCAACUACAAGUCUACAACUGAGUGAAAAUUGCAAUUUAGUCACUUGGGUUUUUGGUGGGCUCGAUCCACUUUCUUGGGCUUUGAGAAGCACUUGUAUGGUUGCGUCUUGGGUUCUGAACUUUGUGUUUUGGAUGGGCCUAUGUGAUGGCACUCUGUGAAAAUUGCAAUUUCUUGUAUUCUUUCUAUGGAUCCUAGAUCAAUCUUUGUUUAAUCUUUUUGGUUUUAUUAUUGAAUGAAACCAAAAAAAAAAAAACAGUUAAAAGUCAAAACUCUGUCAUAGCUUAAAUAGCAAUGUUGUUAAAAUCAAAUUGAACGGGUCGGUUCAUCGGUGAAGGUGACAAACAGAUCGAUAACUUAUUUAAUUGCCUGUUACAAAUCAGUAGGUCGGAUAAUGGUUUGAGCCAUUAACCACUAAACAUAGACGAACUGAACAAUCGAUUCAAAGUAGUUGCAUUGCUUAUUAUUUAGGCAACCAUAUGAAACUUUUUUUUUUUAUUAUAAUUCAUAUUUUGGUUAUACAAAGUUAAAAUGUUCCUAAUUUUUUUUAUCUGAACUCAUUUAUAAUUCUUAUUUCUGAAUUUUUUUUAUAUUAUCAUUGGAUAAUUUUCACUUAAGUAGAAGAACUGGUUUAUGACUUUCAUACGUAGCUAUAUAAUCAUGUUUUACCGUGUUAUUAUGUGUUAACUACUUAUGAUUUUCAUGUUUACGAGGCAUUGAUCCGUUAAUGAUUUUAAGCAGUCUAAUAUCGAUUGAACCAAUAAAGUACAAACCGUUCACUACCCCGAUUCAUACUCCGAUUACGUUCUAACAACAUAGUUAAAUAGUCCAUGAACAAAAAUAAAGUUAUUUCAACAAAAUAAGCAAAAAUUAAUUUGAGGUGGGGCUUUAUAAUAUUUUCUACAGAUUUAGAGUUUCCUAGCCUUAGACCUUAAUGGGCUAUAGUUAAAGGCCUCUCUCCUAGCAUGGUCCUCUACACGGGGACCGUACUUGUUAGUGGCUUUGUGCUAGGGAACCGUUGCCAAUGAAACAAUAAAAAUAGCAUAGAUAUUCUCACCAUAAACAAAUAUCCAACAGGGAUCCAAAACCUAAGAAGCUCUUUCUUGUUGCCAAUCAACGACAUGGAAUGUUGAUAUCCAAUUGUUUAUUCACAUUGAUUAUUCAUAAAACAUUUGAUACUUUUAUUAGGUCAUUCUAAUGGUUAGUAAUUAAUGUAGAUUAAGUUGGGCAUGAUGAAGUUAGGUUCUUAGACCUUAAACUACUAAGUACUGUCUGUGCAUGGUGUCACAUGUGGCAGAUGACAUGGCGCCAACAAGGUGACAACAAGGCGGCUGCACAUGUGGCAUGUAUGGAAGACUAGUAGCAUAGAGAUGCUCCUAGGAUUCUCCACCUAAAUGAGAGCUUAAUGGUGCACUUAUGGGCUACAUUAUGGGUAGCAUUAUUAGAGUGCAUUAUGGGGGGACUUUAUGGGGUGUAUUGAUGUAGAGGGACCAUUACGAGGGGCAUUGAUGCCUUGUAUGAGGAGAGGCCUAUAUAAGGAGCCAUCUCCCUCACUUGUAACUCAUUCCAUCAUUUUUGAGAGUAAUACACACUAGAGAGUUCUCCCAAUCCUUUGUCUUUGUUCUUGUUCUUUGCUUGCUUGUGAGUUUGAGAGAAAGGCUGCCUAGCGCUCUAACGGAAUUGAGAGCUAGGGCCGCACGAUCGAGAGUAAGGUCGUGACAAUGGACACAGGUCUAAUAGACCUAGGAUACGUGUGGGACAUGAAACGAGUCAACAUAGAGAGGGCGCCAGACGAGAGGCUUGACACGACACGAGGCGAUAUCUGGCACAACAAGAGGUCGAGCCGUCGUGAGGGCACGACAUGAAGCUCGAUACAAAACGAGUUGAAUUCAUGACACGAUGAGAGAUCUCGGGACGCGAGGGCGCAAGGCCAAGUCUAUGCAAGGACGUUGUACCAAGGCAGGCAACGUCCUUGCAUCGUGUCAUGAAUUAGCACACAUAGUGAGGCGUUGUGGUUGAUGUGAUGCCACCCGGAUGAUGAACCAAUAAGGUGAUAACAACACUUUUAGAUUGAGAAACCCUAAUCAUCUGAGGUGUUCUCAUUUCACAAUUCAGCUUAUAUAACGGGAUAGAAGAGUACAAGCAUAUGUCGUUGCUUAUAAUUCAAGAAAGAAGACAAAUCUUAGGGAAAAAGUAAGUACAAGCCGAAAAGGGUAAAAUGUUGAAACAAGAAGUUCAGGUACUACUUGGCAUUUUGCCAGAAACGACGUCACUCUCUUCUUCAAAUCUGUUGAUGGUAAACCGACGUCGCUUUGGUUCGUCUCCUUCUCCUCUGCAGACGACCCUGCUCUGUUCAGGAUCGUUGGAGAUUUGAAAUUGGAGGUGAAAAACCUACGUUUUCUCCUGAUAGGCGACCUUCCGCUUUUGGUUUCAUGAAGGAGCAAAUGGAUGAUGCACACGCCUUGCUACUACAUCUAUUCGAGGAUAGUGCCUCAAAUUCAAGUGAUGUAUAUGUUUACUCGAAUGUGAGACGUACGAUAGACUGAACCACACACAUGUAUAUCUAUGUGGAGGAACAUAGUGCUUGCAUCUUUUAUGUAGAUCUACGUACCUAAAUGUAAAAUGAUAUUCUCUAGUACAAUAAUUGAGCUAGUCUAAUCCACUUUUCUUUGUUUUAAUUAUCUUGACCAUAGAGAUUAGAGAGAAUAAAGAUGACAAUUUACACAAUCAAUUAGGCUUAAUUGCAAGUUUGGUCACUCGAAUUGCUAUAAAAUUUCACGUUUGCCACUCAAAUUAAUUUAUUCCAUUUAUAGUCACUCUAAUUAGUUCAACAGUUCAAGUUCGGUCACUCUCCGUUAACUUUGACUGACGUGGCGGUCAACUCUGACAGUUGACCGUUAAAUGUGUGACGUGGCAAAAAAAAUAAUUAAAAAAUAAAAAUUAAAUUUUUAGAAAUUACACAUCAUUAUCACAAAAAAUUAUAAUUAUAAAAAAUGAAAAAAAGAGGAACUGUUUCCGGCCAAUUACUCUUUGAUGACAAGUAUGAAAGAAAUGGAUAGAGCACCACGAGGGAGAAGGAAACCUUAUCCAAUCAACGGGGAAGAAAGCGGAGAUGCGGAAGGCCAGAAAGCAGGGAGCCUCCUCGAAAUCCUCCGGCGCGACCCUCUACCUGCCUCCGGUCCCGCUAAAGUAGCCGGUCUCGGCAGGCUUGAAAGUGGAAUUCGGAUUCAUUCCUUACAGCGAGAGGUUGAACGGGCGGAUCGCGUUUCUCGGGCUGGCGGUGCUGCUGCUGCUGGAGCUGGCGACGGGGAAGGGCGCGCUCAGCUACCACACCCCGUCGAUCGUCCUCGUCCUCGUCCAGAUCUAAUUCGUGGUUGCGGUGCCGGCGUUGUACAUGAAGUACGAGAAGGAGAAAAUCAGCAUCUGGCCGGAGUGAAAGAAUAGAGAGCCACAAACGGAACAAUGUGAUCCGAAAUUGAAUCGGGAGCGGGAAAAUGGCGGCGAUCGGUUCCCGAUCUGCGGAUUUUACGGUUUAUGCUACUCUUUCAUUUUUUUAUAAUUAUAAUUUUUUGUGAUAAUGAUGUGUAAUUUCUAAAAAUUUAAUUUUUAUUUUUAAUUAUUUUUUAUUUGCCACGUCACACAUUUAACGGUCAACUGUCAGAGUUGACCGCCACGUCAGUCAAAGUUAACGGAGGUUAACGGAGAGUGACCGAACUUGAACUGUUCAACUAAUUCGAGUGACUAUAAAUGGAAUAAAUUAAUUUGAGUGGCAAACGUGAAAUUUUAUAGCAAUUCGAGUGACCAAACUUGCAAUUAAGCCCAAUCAAUUAGCAUACACGGUAUGAUGGAGCAUCCUAACUGCUAUGGGAGCACAGUGAGAGGCACUAGGUGCUAAUUUAAUUUAGUGGUUAAUUACCUAUAAAAUAGUUCGAUUCCAAUAACUUCGGUGGUCUGAAAUUAAGUUGGUACCAAUAGCAAUGUGUUUAGUGAUAAUAAAAUAGAUAUCACAAU